UGGUCUCCCUACCAGGGCAACUUAUGCUGCCUCAUUGUCUCUCGCUUGGAAUUACUAGUUAGACAAUGAGAAUGCCAUUUUCGCCUUGAAAAAGUCCCUCGAUGCUGGAACCUUGUUGUUAGAAAUCCUCCAUGGGUUUGUUGGGGUUAUGGGGCAAGGGCUCAGCUGAUUGUAAACGAUUAUAAUCCAUUCUCGAUCUUUCAAAUAACCCGGGUUCAUGAGUGCUGGUCAGGUCUCCUCGGUUCCGAAAAUCAGCCGUUUGCAAGCCUCGCUGAUGCAACCAUUGCUUGGAAAAGGAAGGCCCAAGUGCCUGUUGCGGGGUACGGAGACUGACCUCCAAAUUGACCCCUCCCGACCCGUGACGUAUACGGAAAUACAGAAGUUCGGAAUGCUGCUCCUGCCUGCCUGGCGGGCUCUUCGUUCCCUGUCCCCAACUCUUUCUGUGUUUUGGGCCUGUGGGAUCCGAUCCAUGCAAGGCAUGGCGCAUUCACCAACCACCCGUGCGGAGGAUUGGAAGAAGCGCUCGGUCGUCUCCUCCUUCAUCUUAAGGGCCGACGACAAUGAACCCCGCAUUGCGCUCUUCAAGCGCAGCAGCAAAGUCUCCACCUACCAGCACCAUCUAGCGCCGAUAUCCGGCACCAUCGACCCCUCUGAUGGCUCGCCCCUCUCCACGGCUUGGCGAGAGAUCAAGGAGGAGACGACGCUGACCCCGGCCUCUUUGACAUUGCUCCGCCAAGGCAAGCCCUACACCUUCGCCGAUGCCUCGAUCCGCCGCGAAUGGACCAUCUUUCCCUUCCUGUUCCGUCUCAACAACGCCGACGCCGAAAAGCUGAUCCAGACCGAUUGGGAGCACGAAGGGUGGGGCUGGUACGAUCCAGGAGCCGUGAUUGCCGACGCAGACGCCGAGAGCCCGAGCUUGCUCGGCGUGCCGCGGCUGGCCGAGAGUCUGCGGCGGGUGUGGUUCGAGGCUGAUCUCGGGCGAACCGCAGGGAAGGUGCUUUCUGAUGGCCUGGAUGCACUGGCCCAUGACUACGAGAGCGGUGCGCGGCAGCUGGCGGGCGCUGCGCUGCAGACGCUGAGGGGCGUCGUUGCUGCGCUAGAUGCCCCCGGUGACGGGCCAACGGACGAGUGGUGGGCGAAGGUGAGGUCGGCGGCAUGGCAUCUCUGGAAGAAUGGCCGGGAGAGCAUGGGCGCAGCGAUCAUGAGCGCCUUGCUGGGUGCUUUGGCGGGAAUCGAGCAGACCCUGCAGGAUCCAGGGCGGCGGACCCCGUGGCGCGAUGUGGUCCUCUCCCAGCUGGACGCUCGCAUCGCCGCUCGUCAGAAGUCGGCCGAGUUGGUCUCCAGAGCCUUCGCAGCUUACCUCGAGAAGGCCUUUGCCUCGAAACGUACCUCCCACGAGCCCGUUUCCGUCCUCACCCUUUCCGAGAGCUCCACAAUCCGCCAGGCCCUGCAACAUGCGGCGCUCCAGUCGGGCUUCGUGCUCGACAUCCGCGUGCUCGAGUCCCGUCCGCUGUACGAGGGGGUGGCCCUCGCGAGAUCGCUGGCCAGCGACCUAUCCGCCGAGCACCCGUCCGCUUCGCCCACGCCACAGCAUCGAGUAACCCUCUACACGGAUGCCUCGGCGGCCCUCGCGGCGUCAGCCAUCGAUGUGCUCCUGCUCGGCGCCGACCGGAUCGCCUCCUCAGGAGCCGUCAGCAACAAAACCGGGUCGCUCCCCGCCGCACUGAGCGCCAAGCAUGUCUGUCCGGCAGUCAAGGUGGUCGUGCUGGGCGAAUCGGAGAAGAUCGCGCCGCCGGGACGGCCCGAAGACCACGUCGUCGAAGACAACGACCCGUCUCAGGUUAGCCGGGCGUGGCAGGCCGCGUACAACAGCACGCGGGUGCGCCAAGCGGCGGCGAUGUUAGGGAAGACAGAGCCCGAGCGCGAGCCGGCGCGAGACGGCAGGGUAAAAGUGGAGCUGCGCAACAUCUUCUUCGAGUGGGUUCCCAGCGGUCUGAUCGACACAUACAUCACCGAGUCUGGGGAAUGGACGGUGCAGCACAUCACACAGCACUCCGCGAAGCUCGACGCAGAGCGAAAGCGCUUCUUUGAGAACCUGUAGCCCAGAGCCUUCCUUUUUUUCCUUCGAAGAAUAGCAACGAAGAACAAAAACGUAGCAUCAUGAGCACCGCGCACAUAUUCUCC